UGGCGCUUUUGAAGACAGCCGUUUCUUGGCGUGUGUAGUAAAUGAAUACUAAUACCUCAUAACCGCCGUGGAAACUUACAAAUGUCAACUAGAAUGUCUUCCAAGUGGACAUCAUUCGUCCUGUGAGGGAGGACAAGCAGCAUGUGGAGAGCUAAAGGACUUGUGUGGCGAGUGCUGCAUCGGUACCACACCAGCACGCCACUACGACUGCCUCAGAGUCACCAAUUCGAAGAUGAGGUCAUCAACACCUCCACCGCGCUCUCCACAUCUCUUAACUCCUCAGACAGCAGACAACAACUUCUGUCCCGAACCUUCCUGGACCGAGGCUUUGGUUUAGUAAAAGAGCCGACUGGGACUGUUCUUCUGCCAAUUGUACCCUGGUGUUUACCACAAGUUGAUGUGACACCUCCAUGUUUACCACAAGUUGAUGUGACACCUCCAUGUUUACCACAAGUUGAUGUGACACCUCCAUGUUUACCACAAGUUGAUGUGACACCUCCAUGUUUACCACAAGUUGAUGUGACACCUCCAGGCAGUAGCAGUCAACUCGUUUGGUGUCAGUCUUCUCUACUGAAAAAGAAGGAGAAAGGCAGGAGGAGAGGCAAUAAACUAGAAGAAGUCCUCCUUGAGCUGUUGGAAUCUCAUGGAGAAAGAUGGACGGAGGAGCUGAGAGUAGAUCUGCCUCGCAGCUUCCAGCGACAUGGAGACUUGGUCCUGCUUGGGCACAACUGUUUCUUGGCCCCUCCUUGGAAGAAAAUAGACAAGGAGCUAUGGCGGGCAGUAGCCAAAGGCCUGGGGGCAAAACGCCUGGCAAGGAUGAGUGGAAUACGCAGCGACGGGUACAGGUCUCCCAAAGUGACCAUGCUCUUGGGAGAACACAGCUGGGUUAAACACGUGGACAAUGGCAUCACAUAUGAGUUUGAUGUCACCAAAUGCAUGUUUUCAGCUGGGAAUAUAUCAGAGAAGCUGCGUGUUGCUGGAUUCGACUGCAGGGGCGAAACUGUGGUUGAUUUAUAUGCAGGUAUAGGAUACUUCACACUUCCAUAUUUGGUACAUGCGGGCGCAGCACACGUGCACGCCUGCGAGUGGAACCCGCAUGCGGUCCGAGCGCUACACAAGAAUCUUGUGAUGAAUGGAGUACAUGACCGCUGCACAGUUCACCCGGAGGACAAUCGACAAGUGCAGCUGGGCAGUGUUGCAGACAGGGUCAACUUGGGCCUCAUACCCACCUCUGAAGACGGCUGGCCAGUGGCAUGUCGCCUUCUGAAGAAAACUACUGGUGGUAUUUUACACAUUCAUCAAAACGUUACAUGGCCUGGAGUAAUAAGUGAUGAGUGGGGUGGCGGCGUACGCGGGGAGAGAGAGGCGGGGCAGGCCUGGGCGGCUGAUGCUGCAAGCCGCGUCGGCUCUCUCUUGAAAGAAGUCACUUCUAAACCGUGGACAACAAGCAUCCGACACAUUGAGGCCGUGAAGUCGUAUGCGCCUCAUGUUCACCAUGUGGUGCUGGACUUGGAGUGCAGACCUUCUUGACCACCUUGGAUACAAUGCCAUUCAUGCACAGUAUCAGGAAACUCUGACAUACAUUGUGCUUGUCUAGGACUUGGGCUGUCAAUCUUUGGGCACCAAACCAUUCCAUUCCAUUGUUAGUAGGGAUGUCGAUAAAUGCGUUAAAAUGUAAUAUCGGAAAUUAUCGGUAUCGUUUUUUUUAUUAUCUGUAUCGUGUUUUGUUUUUUUGUUUGUUUUGUUUUUUUUAUUAAAUCAACAUAAAAAACACAAGAUACACUUACAAUUAGUGCACCAACCCAAAAAACCUCCCUGCCCCCAUUUCUUUCUGUUAUCAAUAUUCUGGUUCCUACAUUAUAUAUCAAUAUAUAUCAAUACAGUCUGCAAGGGAUACAGUCCGUAAGCUCACAUGAUUGUGCAUGCUGCUUCUAGGACUUGGGCUGUCAAUCUUUGGGCACCAAACCAUUCCAUUCCAUUGUUAGUAAGGAUGUCGAUAAAUGCGUUAAAAUGUAAUAUCGGAAAUUAUCGGUAUAGGUUUUUUUAUUAUCUGUAUCGGGUUUUUUUUUUUGUUUUUUUUUUUAUUAAAUCAACAUAAAAAACACAAGAUACACUUACAAUUAGUGCACCAACCCAAAAAACCUCCCUCCCCCCAUUUCUUUCUGUUAUCAAUAUUCUGCUUCCUACAUUAUAUAUCAAUAUAUAUCAAUACAGUCUGCAAGGGAUACAGUCCGUAAGCACACAUGAUUGUGCGUGCUGCUGCUCCACUAAUAGUACUAACCUUUAACAGUUAAUUUUACUCAUUUUCAUUAAUUACUAGUUUCUAUGUAACUGUUUUUAUGUUGUUUUACUUUCUUUUUUAUUCAAGAAAAUGUUUUUAAUUUAUUUAUCUUAUUUUAUUUGAUUCAUUUUUUUAAAAAGUACCUUAUCUUCACCAUACCUGGUUGUCCAAAUUAGGCAUAAUAAUGUGUUAAUUCCACGACUGCAUAUAUCGGUUGAUAUCGGUAUCGGUUGAUAUCGGUAUCGGUAAUUAAAGAGUUGGACAAUAUCGGCAUAUCGGAUAUCGGCAAAAAGCUAUUAUCGGACAUCCCUACUUUUGUUAUUGUCAACUAGCAUAAGAAAUGAAAGAUAGAUAUUUAUUAAGAUGACAAAGAAAUAAAAGAAAUGAAGAUAUAAAACAUAAUAUAACGGGGAAAAAAAGAGAAAUUGAAAAAAUAAAUGAAUAUAAAAAAGGUGGGGAAAACUUAGUAUACUGAGUUUUUCACUUUUUUUUUUUACUUAUUUGUUUAUCAUAUUUCUCUUUUUUAUUACAUUAUGUGUUUUAACUUGUAUAUAAUAAAACAAAAAGAGAAAUCAAAUAAAUAGAUAAAUCUAAAAAAUGUGGGGAAAACUUAGUAUACUGAGUUUUUCACAUUUUUUUUACUUAUUUGUUUAUCAUAUUUCUCUUUUUUAUUACAUUAUGUGUUUUAUCCUCUAUAUAAUAAAACAAAAAGAGAAAUCAAAUAAAUAGAUAAAUCUAAAGAAUGUGGGGAAAACUUAGUAUACUGAGUUUUUCACUUUUUUUUUUACUUAUUUGUUUAUCAUAUUUCUCUUUUUUAUUACAUUGUGUUUUAUCUUGUAUAUAAUAAAACAAAAAGAGAAAUCAAAUAAAUAGAUAAAUCUAAAAAAUGUCGGGAAAACUUAGUAUACUGAGUUUUUCACUUUUUUUUUUUACUUAUUUGUUUAUCAUAUUUCUCUUUUUUAUUAAAUUAUGUGUUUUAUCGUGUAUAUAAUAAAACAAAAAGAGAUUUUUUUUUUAAAAAGUACCUUAUCUUCACCAUACAUGGUUGUCCAAAUUAGGCAAAAUAAAAUAAAAAAAUAAUAAUAAAAAAAUAAUAAUAAUAAAUUAGGCAUAAUAAUGUGUUAAUUCCAUGACUGCAUAUAUCGGUUGAUAUCGGUAUCGGUUGAUAUCGGUAAUUAAAGAGUUGGACAAUAUCGGAAUAUCGGAUAUCGGCAAAAAGCCAUUAUCGGACAUCCCUAAUUGUUAGGGUUCAGAAUGGAUUCUCGAUUCAAAAUCUUCACUUUUUUUAGUAAAACAGGGUGCCAGUUCUAUGGCACAAGUGGCAAUAAAUACUGAUAAAGUUGAGGAAUGCUCAUCAAACACUUAUUAGGAACAUCCCACAGGUGAACAGGCUAAUUGGGAACAGGUGGGUGCCAUGAUUGGGUAUAAAAGCAGCUUCCAUGAAAUGCUCAGUCAUUCACAAACAAGGACGGGGCGAGGGUCACCACUUUGUCAACAAAUGCCUGAGCAAAUUGUUGAACAGUUUAAGAACAACAUUUCUCAAGCAGCUAUUGCAAGGAAUUGAGGGAUUUCCCCAUCUACGCUCCGUAAUAUCAUCAAAACGCUCAGAGAAUGUGAAGAAAUCACUGCACGUAAGCCAUGAUAUGACUCAGGUGGUACUGCAUCAAAAAGCCACAUCCGUGUGUAAAGGAUAUCACCACAUGGGCUCAGGAACAACUUAAGCUGUACAUCAAGCAAGAAUGGGAAAGAAUUCCACUUCAAAAAUGUGUCUCCUCAGUUCCCAAACCUUUACUGGGUGUUGUUAAAAGGAAAGGCCAUGUAACACAGUGGUAAAAAUGCCUUUUUUGCAAUGUGUUGCUGCCAUUAAAUUCUAAGUUAAUGAUUAUUUGCAAUAAAAUAAUUAGUUUCUCAGUGUGAACAUGAAAUAUCUUGUCUUUGCAGUCUAUCCAAUUGAAUAUAAGUUGAAAAGGAUUUGCAAAUCAUUGUUUUUAUUUACCAUUUACACAACGUGACAACUGCCCUGCGAUGAGGUGGUGUCUUGUCCAGGGUGUGCCCCGCCUACCGCCCGAAUGCAGCUGAGAUAGGCUCCAGCGACCCCAAAAGGGACAAGCGGUAGAAAAUGGAUGGAUGGAUGGACAACGUGACAACUUUACUGGUUUUAGGGUUUGUAGAUCAUCUACAUCAGGGGUCACCAACGGAGACCAGAGUUAAACAACUUGCACUGAGCCUAGUCUAUAAAAUCCGCUACACCUCCCUGAUACCGAAGUACAUGUCAAACUACUUCCUUCACGUAAAUGACCGCCAUAACCACAACACCAGGGGGUGCUCCACUAACCACGUUAAACCCAGAUUCCGAUCUAACAAAGGUCUUAACUCAUUCUCUUUCUAUGCCACAUCAAUGUGGAAUGCGCUCCCAACAGGUAUAAAAGAAAGGGC